AUGGCUGCUGCAGCGGAACAGCGACGAUCGGCGGCCUCCUUCUACUCCAUUCUUGGUGUCUCGCGCGAUGCCUCACGGCACCCGGAUCGGUGCGGGGGAGAGCGGGUUCAAGAGGCUAAUAGACGGUUUCAGCAAAUCCAGGAAGCUUACGAAGUUCUGUCCGAUGAAAGAAGGAGGGCUAUGUAUGAUGCCGGGCUUUAUGAUCCGCGUAAUUGUGAACAAGAUGGAGCAGAGGACAUUGAGGGUUUCUGGGAUUUCGUUCAGGAGAUGGUGCAAUUAAUGGCGGAUGUCAGGAGCAAGCAGGAGGACUGCACAUUGGAGGCGCUACAGCGAAUGCUGGCGGAGAUGACGGAAAGCUUUUCUGCUCCUCCGAUGCCGACAUUUCACACCUCGCCGUCUACUUCAAUGGUGGAUGCCAGAGCAAGGCAGAUAAGGUGGCAAGCAAGUGACGGCGACUGGAAGCCGGUGUGGUUUAGUUAAGAAUUAACUAGCGUUGUCAGGUUAUUAGUUUUUUUAUUCUGAUAUCUCUGUAAAUAAUCUCCUGUUUGUUGGGUAGAGAUCGACAUGAUAAAGCUGCUGUGUAUGACUCUACUCGCAGGGCAUAAUUCCAUGUAACAAAGAUCGAUAAAUGAUUUCUGUAAGUAACUCUUCGAGUCUUGAUAGUAUGUUUGCUGCUUGAUGUGUAUUUGUUAUUGGUUCCGUUAUAGGUGGAUUAUGUGUGUGAUCUUAUGCACAUAUUUCAUGUUGGUAAUCUUCACCAUGAUUGCAUCUUGUACAGUAAUUUAUUGUGAUUUCAGGAACCAUCCUUUUGUGUGCCUUUUUGUUUCUUAUGUAAUUCUCAAUGCUCAUGUCUACAAACUUUAUAGAUUAUCUAUCGCAUCGAACGCCCAAAUAAUUCGAAUUGAACAAAGGGAAUAUAUAAGAGACCUUCGGAUUUGGUCUAUCACUCCAUUUGGUCUAGUUUUAUUGGAGGAAAAUAAUGAAUUACAAACUAGAAAAGGAAUAG